AUGGCAAAAAUGUACAUGAAAUCCAAGAAUAUGGUGGAACUGGUCAACACACAAUCCUGGAUAGACAAAAGUCUGAGCUCUCAAAAUGAGAUGAAGGAGCAGGAGAGACCAGGCUCUUAUGGAAUGCUUGGAACCUUAAUUGAAGAACAUGACAGUAUUGAAGAGGAAGAAGAAGAAGAAGAUGGAGAGAAACCUAAAAGAAGAGGUCCCAAGAAAAAGAAGAUGACUAAAGCACGCCUGGAGAGGUUUAAGGCUCGAAGAGUCAAGGCUAAUGCUAGAGAACGGACCCGGAUGCAUGGCCUAAAUGAUGCUUUGGAUAAUCUUAGGAGAGUCAUGCCAUGUUACUCUAAAACCCAAAAACUUUCCAAGAUAGAGACUCUUCGACUAGCAAGAAACUAUAUUUGGGCCUUGUCUGAAGUCUUGGAGACUGGUCAGACACUUGAAGGGAAGGGAUUUGUAGAGAUGCUCUGUAAAGGGCUCUCCCAGCCCACAAGCAACCUGGUGGCUGGAUGCCUCCAAAUGGGACCUCAGUCUGCCCUCCUGGAGAAGCAUGAGGAAAAAUCUCCAACUUGUGACUCUACUGUCUCUGUCCACAGCUUCAACUAUCAGUCUCCAGGGCUCCCCAGCCCUCCUUAUGGCCAUACGGAAGCACAUCUUCUCCAUCUCAAGCCUCAGCCAUUUAAGAGUUUGGGAGACUCUUCCUUUGGGAGCCAUCCACCUGACUGCAGUACUCCCCCUUAUGAGGCUCCACUCACACCACCCCUGAGUAUCAGUGGCAACUUCUCCUUGAAGCAAGAUGGCUCCCCUGACUUGGAAAAAUCCUACAACUUCAUGCCACAUUAUACCCCUGCAAGUCUAAGUUCAGGGCAUGUGCAUUCAACUCCCUUUCAGGCUGGCACUCCUCACUAUGAUGUUCCUCUAGAUAUGACCUAUGAUUCCUACCCCCACCAUAGUACUAUCUUCUCUGAGUAG